AUGGAUCACAAGCGGUACGGCACUUGCGACAGGCUUGAUGGUAUGGCCGAAAAUGACCACGACGGCAACAAAGAAAAGGUGAAGUUUACCACAAGCUCGAUAGUUGGCAGGAAGCUCAGAGAUAAGCAGGAGUAUCAUGAUCGAAGUCCUUGCGGAAGAAGGGGGGUGAAAAGGGAGGACGAAGAGGAGCUCGAGAGAGUCCCCUUGGCGAUAGAGUCCGAUUAA